AGAGUCAGUGUGAAAUCUAAUACGGAAGUACAAUCAGAUAAGAUAUUCAAUCGUGCGAGACAGUCAACCGUAUCCACACACAACGACUUCUGGAGCCCCGCUCCAAGAUGCAGUGGAGUGUCACGUGAGGAAAUUGAUCUGAUCGUCUGCUCACUACAAAGAGUUCCCGUCGGGGUCGGGAGAGGAAAUAUUGGACCCCGGAAUGCGGGAGACCAGAAAAAAUAUUCCAGAAUAUGGCUCUACACAAGACGAAAUCCGACGACGAAGCUGAGAUAAUAGAAAUAGAGACUAAAGAAACAGAUGAAGGAUUUGAGCUCAUUGAAAUCCACAAGCCAAAGUCUCCGAAGAUACACGUCACAAGAACUAAAAACAACAACGAAUCCAGCCAUAAUGAUAAUAUCGAACUCUUGCAUGAAAGAAAAGACAAACUAUCGAAUUUGGCAGCUUCCUCUGAAAAUCUGGCAAAUAAGACGCAGCAAUACCGAGACAACAUGAAGGCAGUAAAUAAGGUUCUGGCAGGGCGCUAUAGACUCUCUAACCGCAGACUGACCAUCGCUAUAAUAGUUAUUAGCGUGCUAGUUGUGAUUGCAGUAGUGGUAGCUAUAAUUGUACUUACCAAAAGAUCCUAACACGAAGACCAUAUUGUCACCGUGGCCUUUCCUUUCUCAUGUGAACUUGAGAAUUAAAAAAAAAUAUCAUGAAACAUUUUUCUCCAUUUCCAUUUGUUUUCAAUACUGUCCAGUAAGUUUUAUAAAGGUUUCUUUUUGUCGUCACUACUUAAUUACAGUAGUAAAUUAAAGGAAUAUAUAAAAGAUAAAAAGGGAAUGUGUGUACUAAUUGUUACAAAGUUGUUAGUCUGCUUGUCCAUGUGCCUGACGUAAAAUUGAUUUGUCUACCAGUUUCUUGCAUCCAUUGAACAUGUAAAAUUUCAAUUUUAAUGAUACAACGUUGCACAUCCUUCUUAGAUAUAAAUGAUAGAUAGUGGUUUGUCUUUUUUUUAUGAAUAAUAACCUUGCCAUUUAUAAUUAAGUGUUUUUAUAUAUUACCGUGAAUUUUGGAAUUUCUUAUUAUAUACAAUAGAAGCAUUUUCUGUAUUGCUAGUAUAUUAUAAGGAUACCAGUUACACAACAUUUGCAGGGAUAAACACGAAGGAAGGUGAUUCUUCUUCGACUACUCAUUUUUCUGCAUGUUUGUAAUUAUGAACUCAUGCUCAUCAUUUUUAUCACGAUUUUACCUUUGAGAUAAUAAAGUUUUCAGUCUCCAGCACCCUUUUAAAAGAUGCACACAUUGGUCUUUAAUAAUUAACGUUUCACAGGUUUACACUUACCUUUGAUCUCGUUUUUAAUAAAGAUCAUUACAGACAUAACUCGGUAAAGGUGUUCAUUUGGUUUAUAUCAUUUUUUCUUUCAAAAUAUCUCCUAACAUGCAUGC